AUGGUGAGGCUUCCACUUCACGUGCCGGAACAGGGCGAAACGGACGUGAGGAGGAACAACGCGAAACGCAGGGGAGGACAGAACGGAGUCAAUUUGAAGGCGGACGGAACAUCAUCCGGUGUUCGAUUGAUUGCCCAGACCGGCGGGGAGAUAAAAGGACGAUCGAUCGGACCAAAGAGACACCACGAGCCCGGGAAGAGCGUCCUUAUUGUUCACGAGGAACGAGGUUGGUCUGCUUGGCCCGGAUUGAAGAAGUACGGCCUGAAGGAAGGAGACGCUGAGAAUCCGUUCGCGCUGGUAGGGCAGACAAAGACGUGGAGCCUGUCGGAGCACCCAGUCAACGAACAACUGGCCGGGAUUGUUCGUGAAGCCCAAAGGACGCGGCUGACAGCACAGUGGGCCGCAGUCAAUCGGAGGCUGAUGAUUGCGGUGAGGUUACAGGAUCCGACUCAAGGGGGGGGAGAAUGGUUGGAGGUUGGAGGGAGGAAAGGGAGGAUGUUGGAGGAAUGCUUGGGGAGGGGAGAAGAAAGGGCGAUUAGGAAUCUAGGAAUCGGAAAGGAUGAGAAGAUAUGGUGUGUGCUAGAGAGCAAGAGAAGAGAAGAGAGUCGAAACCAACAGGCUAAAACCACAGAACCACAGAACCACAGUCAGGGUGAUCGUCGGGUUUACACUAACUCAGACAGGCUUCUGAGGGCUCCGUUUCGCUGCGUGGCUGGGAAACCAUGGAUCGGGCCUCAGUGGCCAUGGCUCGCAAUUGUUCUUUGGGCUUCUGUGGCCAUCGUGGGUCGGAGAAGACACGCGGUCGAAUGGCUACUCCGGAAAGUUUCAACGGCUGCACAUCGGCCGUCUCCAACACAGCAAGCGAGGAUGGAGACGGACAGAGAAGCCGGACGAACAAGGGAACUCGGAGAGGGGACUAGUGGGGACUGGAGAGGACGUUGUCUAGACUCUGACCGACUCGACUGGUCCAACACAGAUGCAUCCCCCCAUCGGAUAGACAGAGCUCCAUUCCUCUACUGCUUUGUGAACGCGCUGUGCGACCCCUCAAUCCCCGUCGUCAUACCCCUUCAGGGACCAAGUGGCCGGAGCUGUUGUGCUUCAAUGCGUGAGGGAACGCAAGACAUUGAGAAUCUCGCCGUGGCACUGCUUGGGUACUGGACCGCGCCCCCAGUUCUGAUGAUGACAAUAUUGGCUACCUUCCUAUCUGGUGCCGACGUCAGAUCCACAUGGCUUCAGCGCCAACCGACCGGAACCUUGCCUCCCUCAACUCUGAUGGUUUUUUUCCUUGGUUCAGUCCAGCUCGACCGCAUCAAGAAUGCUAUUCGAGCGGGUGGAAGUCCGGCGCUGUUCCGCGGAAAACUCCAACGAAGAAGAGGAUUCCAGGGACGUCAUUUCGCCACGCUGGGGACGAUUCUCGAUGAGAUUUCGGUAUUCUUGACGAGUCGGCCGACUGCUGAACUUAAUUGA